AUGAGCCGGCCACCAACGGCUCAGCGGCCCUCCUGGGCACACACAGCCAACACCACCGGCUCUCCUACCCCCGCUGAUGAGUACAUUGCCCUACCAGCCUACAGCGACGUCGCAGACUCCGACGACGACAUUGGCCACGACGCCACCACAAGCGGGGGCAACCAUGGCACCGGCCAGGCAAUUCACGGCGACGACAGGCUCGACGAGGAGGAAGACGCGACCGACAAGGAGGACGACCAGAUCGACGAGACCGACGACGAGCUUGACGAGCUCGACGAGACGGACGACAAGGAGAACGAGCAGAGCGAGGAUGAGGAGGACGCGCAGAGCGCGGAGGAGGAGGACGAGCUCGACGACGACGAGCUUGACGAGGCGGAGGUCGAGUCACACACCCGUGACGUCAACGCCGCACACGGCCAGGGAAGGGUUCACACCGCCAGCACCACCCCCGGCGCCUCGAACCACCGCAUCCCCCGCAGCAGCAACCGCAGUGAGGUGCCGGCCGCCCCGCGGGCGAUGUUCAAUCUGGCCGAGGCUCGCGCCGGCAACCGGGGCCACGCAUUCGCUGGCUUCCGCGACACCAUGGGUUGCAACAGCGUAGUCGACCUCGACGACAACGAGGACGACGAAGACGACGCCGUCAAGCCGCUUGCGCGCCACCGUGCACCCACCCCGCCGCAGCCCGCCCCAGUCCACCCGCCCGCCCCUGCAACCCGCCCCAGCCAGACGCGCGCCUUUGGGUCGUACAUCGCGCCUCCGCGGCACGAGCGCCUUGCGGCGGCAGAGGGUGCAUCUGCGCCAUCCGCUCGCUCCGACAGCCGGUCCGGUGGGCGGGACAUGAUGCGUAUCGGCGCUCUCGUUGAUCCUGACGUGGUCGCCGCACUCCCCGACACGCGCCCUCGCCUUUCUUGGGCUGGUCGGAGCAACAUCAGCGGAGGCACGCCAACCACGGGCUUUGCCAUCGCCAGCAGCAGUACCUCGCCCUACAUCACGAUUGGGCCAAGCCCCCUCGUCAGCACUGCGCCAGGUGACGCCAGCCCUCCGCGCCGCACACCAAGCCCCGCUGGCUCCUUCGAGAAGUACGUGAAGGAUGAGAACCCCGACCUCAGCUUGACCCCACCGCAUCGCGCUAUUUCGCCCUGCGAGGAGGCCGAGCUCAGCACCGGCAGCGUCCUGGGUCGCAGCUACGCCUUUGCCGCCGAGAACCCAGGCUUUGGCGGCUCUGGCGGCACGCGGGCCAGUGGUGUGGACGAUGACGACGAGAUGAAGGGCGGCCGCCCUCCCCUCUUCUUGCCGGCCACCGGAUCCAAGGGCAAGGAGACGCUCGGAGGGUCGGGCGGCUGGGUCGGUUCUGGAAAGUCCAACGUCGGGAGCCUCUUCUCACCUGCCGGUAAAGGCAAGGGCAAGGAGAAGCUCGGAGGGUCAGCUGGCUGGCUCCCUUCUGGCCCGUCCAACCCCGGCAGCCUCUUCAAGCCCGCCAGCGGAGCCAAGGUCAAGGGCAAGGGCAAGGAGUCGCUCGAGUGGUCGGGCAGCUCGGUCCCGUCUGGCCCGCUCAACCUCGGCUCGGCGACCGGUGGUCCAUCAGACUUUGGCGGCACGCUGGUUGGUGGUGCUGGCGACGACGACAAGAUGGAGGGCGGCAGCCCUCCCCUCUUCUCGACAGCCAGUGGUGACACGCUGACCGGCGGUGCUGUCGAUGACGACAGCAUGGAGGGCAGCCACCCUCCCCUCUUCUCGAGCGCCAGCGUAGCUCGAGAGCCGCAGACGUUCGCCGGUUGGGCCGGCUUCAUGGCUGCAGGCCCAUCCCACCUCGCCACGGCGAUGGGUAGUCACAAUGCCCCGCGGGCUCGUGCCCCCACGGCCAGUGAGGACGAAGGCCGUUUCGCGUUUGGCCCUCGUCACCUCCCCCAAGUGAACACUGGUCGCUCCGCAUACCCGCUCAGCCCCGACACUGAGCCUGUGGAACUUGCAGCCGAAGGUGUCUCAGAUGCAUCUGAGUCCGAGAUGCCGACCGCCACCGCCACCCCCGCCACCGCUGCCGCCCCCGACGACGACCACCGCGACCCUCGCGACGCCACCCCGUCGCUUGACAUUGACUCUGGCAGUGAUCCGCUCUCGGCGCUCACUUCUUCACCCCUUACUCCCCGGCCUUCCAUCACACGCCUCGACACCGAUGGGCUGUCGGAGCUCAACUCGUCACCGGCGACUUCUGAGCGUCGCCUCGCUCCGUCCGACGACGGCGCUAUCGAGGUUCCAGGUGGAGUGGAGGCAGGUACGGAGGAGCUCAGUGUCCACCCUGGUCCCCCUGCCCAGGGUGAGGCAUCGUCGGCCCACCAGAUCGGUGCCGGUGAACCAACUGUGACAGGUACCCCGCCUCGCCUCACUGGCGAAGAGGUUGACGGUACCACGGCACCCCAGGUAGACAAUGCCGCCGAGAUCGGCGUGGAGGGCUCCGAGGCCGCUGUCGAGCUCGCCGGCGAAUCGCCCGCCGCCGUUUCCACUGCCGACGAUGACAUUCGUGAUGAUGGUCGUCGCCUCGCCAAGACCGUCACCCCGGAGCCAACAGCCGAGCCCCUUCCGACCGCCGAAGGCGACAAGGAGGUCGUUCCGCCUGCCGAUGGAGCGGGCGCAGAGGCCAAUGCCCCGGGGGAGGGUGAGGGUGGCGCUGCUCCCGAGGAGCCUGGAGCGGAGGUCAUUGAGAAUGGCGGGGCGGAGGGAGAGGGAGAGAGGGCACCCGACGCCGAGGCAGUGGAGGGCGCCAGGCGAAACGACAACGGCAAGCGUACCGGCGACGAACUCACACCCCGCGCCAAGAGGAACCGUCGUCAGAAGAGGCCCCGCCGAGCCAGGCAGGCCCUCGACGAUGAAGAGGAGGCCAUGAACGUUACCGCUCCGCCUGCCGCCCCCGCUAUCGCUGUUAAGCCUGCCAUCGAGGACUGCAAUGUCCCGCGGUGCACUUGCCCUCACAAGCGCCGCAUGCGCAAGAACGCCACCACCGUGCCGAUCGGAGGCUGGAAGACGGCAGCGCCGUGUGGCCUCUGCCGCUGCUGCACGACAAGCAUGCUGACUCACGUCGUCACCAACCUCCCCGUCGCCGCCUUCCCGCCCCUACCAGCUUUCGGGGAGUCGGCCAUUUUGCGGACCGCCCUCGCCAUCCCCAACGGUCAAGGCACCCGAAGUGAUAGUGCCACCUUCACAAACAUUGCAGCCUCUGGACACGCGCUCCUCGAGGGGGUUGUGUGGGAGAUUGUGAACACGUUUGGCGAACUCACUGGAAAGCAAAGGAUGAGGCUGGUUGGCUACAUCGUCAGGCUGCCGGUGCUCCGUCUCCUUACCUCCAAGCUCAAGCUUGACGAACAGGUCAUUGGGGGCCCUUAUGGUCCGGGUAACUACAAGACUGAGGCCGACAUCUUCCGAGCGGCAGUCUAUGCGCUUGUCCAGGACAAGCAGUGGGAAGGUGCUAGUAGCUACUUGAUUCCCGCUUUCACCCCUCUCCUCCAGUGGCUCAGGCACGAGCUUUCUGUUGGCCGCAUUGCCUAG